AUGGCAAUACAAUUUCCUUUGAUUGCCUCUGACAUGUUUUCCGUGUCUCGUAUUCCACCAAUUGAUAUAUUAGCUUUUCCAGAGUACGAUUAUUCUUCUUUGCCACCACCACCAUAUGAACCACCAAAACGAUGGACUGAGAGGAUGUCUGCCUUCAAGGAGAGUAACCUGUUGACACAUAUUCUUGAUUAUAACAUACAAAUCAUAUCUGACCUCCCCAAGGAGACUGUACCAAGAUUCAAAUAUAAAAAUCAUUCUACAUCCUCACGAGAAGGCUUUGGAAAGAGUGAUGAUACCACAGCCCUUAUUAUCAACACACUUGAUCCACGACAACAUAUGCAGCAGCCAAACAAUACACUCACAAGACUGUUUAGGAAUUCACACAAACCCCAUAUACACACUACAUAUUAUGCACCAACAACAGCAGAACAAGAUGAACAAGACCAAGACCAAGAACAAGAAGAAACUAUCGACGAUAAAAUGGAAAAAAUCAAUAUAUCAUUACAGCAGUUGAUACUCGAAGCCCAGACGAGUCUUCAAGUGAACCACGAUACAGCUUCCACAACCACGUCCCUUAAUGACAAUGACAAUGAAAAUAUCACUGAUCGAUUUGAAGAUGCGUGCAGUCCAAUAACGCCAACGAUAGGAUCAGACGACUGUAAUGAUUUCUUUACAAACAAGAAAACCUGCCAGGUUCACGAUGGUUUGGAUAGAUUUGAUAUCGAAGAGCAGCGGCAGAAUAUGGUGCGGUGGAAAGAGUCUGACGUAUCAAUUGUUCAUUUUUCACCCAUGUGCUGGUUGGCAUGGAAAUCACAAGAAGAACGCUACAUUCAAAGUAAGAAGAGAAUAAAUAUUGCGUUGGAGCAACUGGAAGAGAGCAUACAAUUAUUAUACUAUUCCGAUGACAGAAGUUCCAGAAGACGUGAGUCUAACAAACGAAAAUCAGCCCCUCCUUCAUUGUAUCACCACCUCAAAAACCAACAUCAACAAAAUCAACCCAACUCCUCUAAUUCACAUUCAUGUCAUACACCCAAACGUUUUGCGCCACAACCACUGGCCCACGCUUCUCGGUUCUAUCCUCGACAAAACUCAACACACCAUCCAGUCGAAAGCACAACCGAGUUCAAUGUAAAUAGUCAUCAAAUCACCCAAACACUCCUGGAACGAAUCAAACAAGCCAGAUCCUCAUUCGGUGUCUUGUUUACCUUUUCUUUAACUGCGACUUAUUCUGGCCGUCGCAGAUCCGUUAGUUGUCUAAUCUCACCGUGGAUGGCAACUCACCCCUGGUGUGUUAUUCUCCUGGCCACAUUGUUCCUUGCAAUGGCAACACUAUCAUCAGCAAAAUACCAAUGGCCUGGUCCGGCUUGGAUGCUAAAACUUUUGUUACACUGCCAGAAAGCAUAUGUUUCAACUGGUUCACCUAGUUUAUCUAGUUCAUCUAGCUCAUCUAACUCAUCCUCACUUCCGACUGACUGCAUAUCCGAGUGUUAUACAGAGACUGAGCUGCAUAGUAGAUUUGUGAAACCACACGCACAAAAGCAUCCACCAGUAUACAUGACCUAUCUUUCACACAUUCUCCCUAAUGUUUUCCACUAA